ACAUCGUAUACUCAGCAAACCACAAUAUGCAUCCACCAGGCACAUUAGAUCACGUUGAUUUCUCUAGGACCUCCCAGAUUUCUUUUUGCACAGAACUGCACAUAAAUGGCAAGGAAUGCGGCAAGAAAACUUGGCGAGCUUUUGAAAGUUUGUUGUGUAUGUCUCCCUGCACAGCCUUCAGACACGGCGGGAGGAUGGCGACGGGAGUCACUUCCAGUCGCACGUUUGGCCAAGAUGAGUACAAUUUGUACAGCAGCCUGAGUGAGGAGGAACUCAUCCAGAUGGCGGUCGAACAAAGCCUUGAGACGCAAUCUGCCUCGGUACAGCCUCAGGGUCCGAGGGGCCAGACUCAUCCCAGGAACCGAGCUCAGGCCCAGGUGACUAGCCGUGUGGUUCAGACCGCAGUCGCUCAAGCCUGUCCCAAGAACAGGUCGCCUGUGACUAAUUCUGCUCCGACCGCCCAUCCUCCGAGAACAAAUAGAUUCGACGGGAGGCUGAUUCGACCCCCCAAGCAAGUCGUGGAGCCGGAUCCUGUCGUUGUUGCGAUAAAGAAUGGUGAUGAAGAAACCUUGUCAAAUAUGAUUAAAGCUGGGAAAGUGCUUUCUGUGCCAAACUCGGACGGCUGGAUCCCUCUGCAUGAAGCAGCUUUCUAUAACAAACCCGGCUGUGUGAAAUUGUUGCUUCGAGCUUAUCCUGGAACUGUGGACUAUCGGACACUAGCGGAGGAAACUCCUUUAUACUUAGCAACAUGCAAAGAGCAUUUGGAGUGCAUGAAAUAUUUACUGGAAGCAGGAGCAGAAUGUGACAUCACUAGUAAGGCAAAAGAAACUGCACUCUACAAAGCCUGUGAACGUAAAAAUGUGGAAGCUGUUAAACUUCUGAUACAAUAUAAUGCUGAUGUGAAUCACCGCUGCAACCGUGGGUGGACUGCUCUUCAUGAGGCUGCAGUACGAAGUGAUCUGGACAUCAUUGAAGCUCUGUUCAUGGCUGGUGCCAAGAUUGAGGCAUCAAAUAUUUAUGGAAUCACUCCAUUAUUUGUUGCAGCACAAAGUGGACAACUGGAAUCUUUGCGUUUUCUCACAAAGUAUGGUGCAAAUAUCAAUACACAGGCCAAUGAUAGUGCCUCAGCAUUGUAUGAAGCCAGCAAGAAUGAGCAUGAAGACGUUGUGGCUUUUCUUCUUUCACAAAAUGCUGAUGCAAACAAAGGAAGUAAGGACGGUUGGCUGCCCCUUCACAUUGCUGCUGCAAGGGGCAAUAUGGCGAUAGUUCGGAUGUUGAUUCCUGUUACCAGCAAAGUCCGGGUGAGGCGCAGUGGAAUUAGUCCCCUUCAUCUUGCUGCUCAACACAAUCGAAAUGAUAUUAUUGAAGAACUGAUUGAAACUGGCUACCCUAUCAGUGCCCUCUUGUCACCAGAAAGAUCACGGCUGUUUGAAGAUAAACGUACUUCAGUUUUGUACUUUGCUGUUUACAACAAUAAUGUAGAAGCCACAGAAAUGUUGCUCAAGGCUGGGGCAAAUCCUAAUGUCGAUCUGAUAAACCCCCUUCUAAUCUCUAUCCGACAGGGCUCCAUUAAAAACAUACAGCUGCUCAUAGACUAUGGAGCUAACAUCAAUGCUUAUAUUCCAACGCAUCCUACAUCCUUCCCAGCGACAAUCAUGUUUUCUAUGAAGUACCUCAGUUUAUUGAAAUUAGUUAUGGACUUUGGUGGUGAUGGAGAGUCAUGUUUUAAAUGUGUAUAUGGAAGUCAUCAACAUCCAGAACAAGAGCAGAGAAGAGACGAUAUACAAGUGCAGCAUAAAAAGCCCAGACCUGUACAAUUUUGUGAAAUGGUAUCUACACCUGGAAUCUACAGAUGGGCUGGGCCAAUCAUAGAUGUCUUACUUGACUAUGUUGGAAAUGUGAAUCUCUGCAGUAAACUGAAGGAACAUCUCGACAGUUAUGAUGAAUGGGCAACUAUCAAGAUAAAAUCAGAACUUCCAAGACCUCUUGUCCAUCUUUGCAGAAUUAAAGUUCGAAAGCUUUUGGGACAUCAGAGAUUAAAAUUUAUUGAAAUGUUGCCUCUACCUGGCAGACUGAAAAGAUACUUGGAGUACAACUGUGCAGAUGAAUUGAUGUAAAUUUAACUUUUGAUAGAAACCACACAGAAACUACAAGACAAGCAUUUGCACAUUACAGAUUGCAGGAAAGGAGGUCAGUCCAAAAGUGGCAACUGCAAAUGAUUUAUCAUAUACCAAAAGAAGUAUGUUUUGUGCGAUUGCAAGCACUGAAUUAACCGAUGCACAAAUUAAUUGUGGACAGAUUUCAAGUGGCCGAAAUAAAAUGGGUAAGCACCAGAAGGUUGGAAAAUAAGUCAGGGACUUUGGAUUUUAUUAGUUCCGAGAAUAGGAACCAAAAUUAGGUGUAUUGAAGAGAAGAAUUUUGGAGAUGCACAGCAUAUUAGUCAACAUCAAAAUGUAUACGCAUCCUAAUGAGAAGUCCCACUGGACAUAUAAGCUUCUUUCUCCUGUUUCACAUGCUGCCUACCUACUCCGUAUUUCCGGCAUUUUGUGUUUUCAAUUUAGAUUUCUAGCCUCAUAGCUUUUUAUUUUCAUUACUUACAAUUCAGCAUUUUGACAUGUACAUAAAACUGUAAAGAAUGUACCAAAGCAUAACCUGUCGCAUCAACAUGUAAGAUAAAGAUGUUUUAAAUUUUAAACAUUUUUUAAAAUUCCUUUUCCAGAAAGGAAUAGCAAAGACACUGAUUGUUCAGUUUUUAUGCAGCUCAGGCAAAAUUUGUGAAUGAAACUUGCUUCAGUUUGCACCUUGCUUUGAAAACAUACUCUAGCCAUGAUAAAACACAAAGCCAUUUCUAGUCAAAUUGUUGAUAGAAAUUUGACACCUUAUUUAAUUUUUAUGCUUUAUUUAAAAUAGUAAACAUUAAGCUAUAAGAUGCUAACCAACAGCAAAAUAUUACUAAAUACCUUGGGUUGCUUGAUGAAUGUCAUUUGUUGCAUGGAACAUCACAGCAGCCGAAGAGAAGUUGUGUUUUCAAUUGCACUGAUAGCACCAUAGUUGUUGCUAUACCUUCAAAAAUAUUCAACUCUUAAGGUUAAGUGCACCAUUAUAGGAUUGAGCCAUAUAGACCAAGCAAAUCCUAAUUGUAUGUCAUGGCAUGUACUGAGUUACCUGAUCUUAUCCAAGACAGCAGUUAGUGCAUAGGAAUAGGCCAUUUAGCCUAUUUCAUUGUUCAGUUAGGUAAUGGGUGAUUUUAUUUUACCUCAACUCAGUUUACUCAUAUCCCAUGGACUACUUAAUGAACAAAAGUCUAUUGAAUUCAGUCUCGAAAAUUUCAAUUGAUCCAGCAAGAUUUAUAAUAUCUUCUAUGUAAAAAAAGUACUUCCAGAUUUCACUCCUAAAUGACCUGGCUUUAACUUUAAUAUUAUGACUUCUUCUCCCAAGCUAUCCACCAGAAGAAGUCAUUUCCCUAAAUGUGCACCUGUCAAAUUCCUUUCUAAUUUUAAACACCAAAGAAUACUACAGAAAGACUCUGCAAUCUUGGGUUAGAAAAAUGGGGAAACAACCACAUUUUCACUUCUGAUUGUCAUCACUCGUGUCAGAAAGUGAAUGCAUGCCAACAUCACAUUGGUCAGGGUGAAACAAAGCACUCAAAUAUCAUGCCACCUCUCACACAUGACUAAAGCUUGUAUGAGUAACAUAUUAAAAAAAAAACUGCCAAUAUAUAUAGCAUUAGAGAUGGAACAAAAUUGGGAAAUGAAGUGUCUAAUGGGAAUGAUGGAAACCUUGGUUUAUCUCUACCAGGUGGCUUGCAGUUCAGAGUUUUUAUAUAUGGUAUUUGAUGCAAUAUAGUACCAGCUUCAGGAAUUACAUUGCAUUUAUCAGAUAAUUCUAUUCUUUCGAUCGCAUUGUAAACUCAAAUCCUGUUAACGUUGACAUUGACAAAUUCAGGAUUUUAAUGCAGUACACCUCUAACAGAACCUGAUCAGUCUUAUUCAGUUCAUUUAAUUGGUGACUCAAACCAAGAUUUUCAUCUUCUUCCAUUUCAAAGAUUGAACAGGGUUGGAGUAAGAGCAGAGGAAGGGUGGCAUCAUGGUGUGAAUGUUGUGAUUUGCUUUUCUAGUGAUGGAAGUUCAUUGAAAACCUUAACCUGGAUGAUUAAUGUCUAUAUAUCAUGAUCAGAACAGGAGUAAAAUAAUGGACAUUUGUUUUUAUGAAAUUACUGAGAGUCCUGUUUAUAUCUCUGUAAUUUCUAGAUAAGCUAUUCAAAUAUUGGCUUGUUUGGAUCAACAUGAUACUGAUUGUAGCAUCCUUCAUUUUCUUUGAUUGUAUUCAACCCUGAGAUCCACUGAUCAACAGGCAUUACUUUAAAACAGUGUCUGGAACUGCAAGAAUAUCACUGAACUGUAGUUUUUUGAAGUAUAUUGCAAUGGAAUGUUUCUAUUAACUUUUUGUACUUUAAAUUUAAUUUAAAUAUAGUUUCUGACAGUUAUGCAAAUAAAAAUGUGUAUUUAGACUGGAUUUUGCAAUUUGCUGACCUUGAAAAUUAGUCACCACGCUAAAUGUGUAAAUCAUGUAGGAUUCGGUCAGAAACACAAAAACAUUUUAGCGUGAAGUCGCUGGGUGGCGCCAUUGCUACUGUUGUAUUCAGAAAUCAGAGUUUAAAGUUAGUGACAGCCAGGAACAUUUUCCCCUUUCUGAGCAUAAUUCAAACUGGAAUUGAGCCAAUGAGGCCUCAAAGUGCUUGGAUGGAGUGGCAUAAAUGGUGAGAAAUAAGGUUGUUGACUGCAGGAUAAAUAGAACUUACCUCAUUUGACCUGUAUGCCUUCACAGUUAUUGAUUUAAAUUGUUUUGUUUGGAGACAGAACUAUCUCGAUCAUUUCACUUCUUGCCAAUGACUGACAGCACAGAUGGGGGCAAGGUUAUUUGCAACAGGACCUUCAAACUUCUAACGAAAAAAAAAAUGUUGAUUGUUAUGAAUAAAGUUUGGGAUAUUUCUAGAAAUACAGCAGUGAAUGGCUGAGCAUAUAAAGAAAUAUGACAUUGUAAAACCAGCUGUGUAGAGCCACAGGAAGGUUUAGGGAGGGGCAACAUAUACUAACUUAAAGAGGAAGAUAACAUGUUGGAACAGACAUUAUUGUCUGAAUUAAGUAGAUUAAACGGAAGUGGACAUAUUAGAAAUAAACUCUGGCUCAGAGUUCUAGGUUAACUUGCAUUCAGUAGGUGUGUGCCCCAAAUUCCCCUCCCCCACUAAUUGUAUGCGUAUGGAAGACAAUAAAAGCCUCUAAUCGCAAAGGACUAAUCAUAUUAGUGGCUGGUAUAAAAGAUAGCUGCAGCCAUGGAGGAGCGUGUCAGACUUUUAAUUAGUCUGAGAAUCCUUCUCUUCUAUUCUCCAAAAGUGCAGGAUUUCAGGAAGUGCCCUAGAAAAGGAAGGAAUCAGUUACACAGUUAUCAGUUAUAACCUAUUAUCUAUAAAGCUGUUACAGGCAUCAUUUUUACUUGUAAACUUGCCAAGGCAGUAACAUGAAACAAGUUAUGUAACAAACUGUUUCACCAUCAUUUACACCAUAUUAUUCAAAUAUAUCCUUUUUAUUUCAUAAAAUGAUUGCUUCCAUUACAUUUAACUACAGUAUAUAAGUUUAACUUGCAGACAUGUACACAAUAAAACUAUGUGAAAUUAUUUUUUGAACCAGGGAAUCAAAUUCUGUUUUACAUAACUUUAUACAUGAGUGGUUAAAGUGUUGUGACAUUUUCAGAGGAUCCAAUUUGCCUACUGUUUCACAGGUUUUCUCAAUGCUGCUGCGAAACCCACAAACCAUUUAUCCUGUUACCAUUGAUAUAUUUUUAGUGAGCUACUUUGUUUGAUACCUGUGUGCCAGGCUGCCUGCUGGUAUGGUUAUUAAUGGGUGUUUCAAUGUAUUUUUUGUUCAGUUCAACUAACUGGUUUAAUACUUAUCCUAAGUUCUUUAUUUAAUUGAGUUUAUGUUGCUUUGGAAAAUACAGAGGUUGUGAA